AUGGACUUCGCCACCGGCGAAGACCACCACCACCAACCCAUCGAACACCUCUUAUCAUCUCCGAUCGUCUUAUCGGAACGAAUCCGUCAAGCCGUCGACGAAUCAAAGUCCUACAAACUCGAAUGCUCCGACGUCGGAAAACUCGUCGACCGUCUCUCUCAAAUGCUCCGAUCAUUCGUCCGGUUAACCAAUUCCACUCCUUCCUUCUACGACCGCCCCGUCCGCCGUGUCUUCUCCGACGUCACCAGAAACCUAAACCGUGCCCUAACCCUUGUACGGAAGUGCCGCCGGCGGAGCGUCUUCCUCCGAGUCGUCACCAUCGUCGGCGCCGCUGAUUUCAGGAAAGUUCUUAACAUUCUCGAUGCUUCGAUUGGUGAUAUGAAGUGGUUGCUUAGUAUCUUCGACGCCAGCGGAGAUAUCUCUGCCGGCGUCGUUCUGUCGUUGCCGCCGAUUGCAAGCAACGAUCCGAUUUUGGCUUGGGUUUGGUCUUAUAUAUCUUCUCUUUAUUUAUCUCCAUUAAAUGUUAAAAUCGAAGUUGCAAAUGAAUUGUGUUCAUUAGCUAAUGAUAAUGAUCGGAAUAAGAAAAUGAUUGCGGAAGAAGGUGGGAUUCCGCCAUUGAUGAAGCUUCUGAAAGAAGCUGCAUCUCCGGAAUCCCAAAUCGCCGGCGCCACCGCACUAUUUAACCUGGCUAACGAUCGAGACCGAGCCAGGUUAAUCGCCGGCGAUGUUGGUGUUUCGACUAUCGUCCAAGAAUUUGGGAAAUCCCCAAUUAGGGUUCAGAUUGCGAUCGCGAAAUUGAUUGCGAGAAUGGCGGAAAACGAUCCGCUUUCGCAAGAGGGUUUCGCGAGAGAGAAUGUUAUUCGACCACUUGUGACGUUAUUAUCAUUCGAAACAUUCGUUGAUGAAGAUAAACUUCAUGAUCAGUAUCGGUACCGGUAUCAGAAGCAAAGUAUUCAUUCGAUUCUUGAAAUCAAUAAGCAAAUAACAAGAAAUUACCAAGUGGGUUCUUCGUCUUCUUCAACAUGGUCGAUGAACCGGAAAGAACGCGAAAGCGAGCCUCCGGAAUUGAAGCUCGAAUUGAAGACGAGUUGUUCGAAAGCAUUAUGGAUGCUUGCAAGAGGUAAUCUUGCAAACUGUAGAAUACUUACAGAUACAAAAGGAUUACUCUGUUUAGCGAAGAUUAUCGAAACCGAAACAGGGGAAUUGCAGAUUAAUUGUCUAAUGACAGUAAUGGAAAUCACAUUAGCAGCGGAAUCGAAUGCCGAUCUCAGACGGGCAACUUUCAAGACGAAUUCCCCAGCUGCGAAAGCCGUAGUGGAUCAGUUUCUAAGACUGAUUCAAGAAUCAGAAAAGUCCGAAAUCACGAUGCCGGCCAUUAGAGCAAUCGGUUCAUUAGCUCGAACCUUCCCAGCUAGGGAAACCCGAGUCAUUGGUCCUCUAGUCAAGCAACUCAGUCACCAGAAUCCAGAAAUCGGAUUGGAAUCAGCAAUCGCUUUAGGGAAAUUCGUGUGCCCGGAUAACUUUCUUUGUACCGAACAUUCGAAAACCGUAAUCGAAUUUGAUGGUGUGGUGCCGUUGAUGAGAUUGUUAAGAGGGAGCGAGAAAACACAGUAUCACGCGUUGGUGGUUCUGUGUUAUCUCGCGUUGCACGCCGGAAACAGCGAAGCCCUUGUGCAGGCUAGGGUUUUGACAGCUUUAGAAGGGGCAGAUAGAGCCAUUGUUGGUCAACAUUCCGAGUUAAAGGAAUUGGUGGUUCAAGCCAUAUAUCAUCUAAAUAUGUAUCAUGCUGGUGUGGUUCCUCCUCAAAGACCAUCAUACUCGACCUAAAGAGUUUGAGGUUAACCACAACGGUCGUGGCGUACUGGUUGAUGUCCCGAGGGACGUGGUGCGAUAUCCCUUCUGUACAAGGUUUGAUUCCAGGUGUAUAUAACAACUGCGGCCAUUUAGUUUAUCCGGACUGAUUUUCUUUCCGUGACGGUCUGGGUUAAAAAAAAGAAUUUGAGGUUGCAUUUAGGCCCAACACUUCCCAUAACAAAUCUCCGAGGGUCCGUUUGGUUUGCAUAAUUAUUUUUUAGGGAUUCGGAUUUCAUGGAGGGAUUUGGAUUGGAAUGAAUU